AAAGUCCCACAUUUCACCAAUACACCUUAGAUCAAUGGCUGCAGUUGCUACACCCAACGACUACAUUCUUAGUCUAACACGAGAACAAAUAGAACACGAUCAAAAAAUCGGAAUAAAGGCCAUUCGUCUUUUUCUUCAGCUGAAGACAUCGUACGAUGUGUUGCCUGUGAGUUACCGGUUGAUUGUGCUUGAUACAUCGCUAUUGGUCAAGAAAUCGUUGACUAUCUUGUUACAGAAUAAUAUCGUCAGUGCACCAUUGUGGAACAACCAAACAUCGAGGUUCGCUGGGUUGCUUACUGCGUCUGACUUCAUCAAUGUUAUCCAAUACUAUUUCCAAUUCCCAGAAAAAUUUGAGUUUGUUGAGCAAUUGACUCUUGAUGGGUUGCGCGACGUGGAACGCGCAAUUGGAUGUGAUCAGAUUGAAACGGCGUCGAUCCAUCCUUUCAAGUCGCUCUACGAGGCCUGCGUGAAGAUGUUGGAGUCGAAAGCAAGAAGAAUUCCUUUGAUUGACGAAGACGAAAAGACCCAUCGUGAAAUUGUGGUGUCUGUGCUUACUCAAUAUAGAAUUUUGAAAUUUGUGGCGUUGAAUUGUAAGGAAACCAAGAUGUUGCUUAAACCAAUCAAGGAUUUGAAAGGGUUGGGCACAAUCAAGGAUAUUUCUACAUGUACGUUACAAACCCCUGUUAUUGAGGUGAUUCAUUUGCUUGCACACAAAUCCGUGUCAUCCGUGCCUAUAGUUGAUGACCAGGGCAAGCUUAUCAAUGUGUAUGAGGCUGUCGAUAUAUUGGCGUUGGUUAAAGGAGGGAUGUAUACUGAUUUAGAUUUGAGUGUGGGAGAUGCAUUAUUGAGAAGACCUGAGGAUUUUGAAGGGGUUCAUACGUGUACUAUGAAUGACAGAUUGAGUACUAUUAUGGAUACCAUUAGAAAGUCAAGAUUACAUAGAUUGUUUAUUGUUGAUGACGAAGGUAAAUUGGUGUCUGUGAUUACAUUGAGUGAUAUCUUGAAUUAUAUCUUGUUUGGCGAGGACUAGCUUAGUUUAUAUAUAUAUAGUAAUAUAAAGUAAUUGAAUGAAACACGGCGGUUAGGUUGUCAAGUAGUGUGCCUCGAUCUGCGGUUUGUGCGACGAUGCUUACCACACAAUGGGUAGCACAUAGGAAUCCAGACAGUAUUUUCCACACGAGCAUUCAGGUCUAGGGUGCUGUUGCUACAUAUUAAUACCUUUCUUCAAUAUAGAGUUUACAUUUUAGAGUGUGGAGUUUAGAGUUUACAGUCUAGGGUUUAGACUCCAGAGUUUAGACUCCAGAGUUUAGACUCCAGAGUUUAGACUCCACAGUUUAGAGCCCAGAGUUUAUUUGGUUAGUACCCAGCUCAUCCGGGUACCGUUCUACACAGGGCACACAAUCGCGUUAAAUUUCCAACCAACACAGCCGAAAGGUAAGCUGUUAUUACCCAUGACUUUGUAUACUGUGUUGGGCCCGCUAUGACUCAGGAUAUCUCU